CGCGGCGCUUCGGCGGCGGCGACGGUGGCUGUGUUGGGACAAACUUCAAAACCGCGAAACGAAAAGCGUUUUUUCGCUGUUGAACACGGAUUAACGCUUGAUUUCGGCUAGUCAUGUUGUGAAGCCGUUUUCCUCCCACCAGACUGAGAGUGAUGCGAAAGCGGAGUAACCCAGCGGACAGCGGGACCACCGGGACCACCGGCACUCUGCUAGACAGCGACCCGGAGCUGAAGCAGCGUCCCGGCAGGGGAGCAGCGGGGCCCGCAGCGCGCGGCCGGCAGGGCCCGGGAGAGGACGGAGACAUGGCGGGGAAACCGUUCCGCAG